CAGAAUGAAAUAGUUACAAUUUCAUUACUGUAAAUUAUUCGGGCAAUUUUAAAAGGAAAAUUUCAAAACAAAUUUUGAAAAUUUCUAUUGACUUUCAGAACGCAGAUAAGUAAUCACUGAUAUACAAUCUCUCCAGCUAUAGUCUGUGUCUUGUGUAGCGGCAUUGUUGACGUGAUUUGAUUCUCCUCGGAGUUGGCGUGAACCAAUUUCUCUAAACAUGAAAUUGAACACGUAAUAUUCACUGUCACGCGAUCGAAAUCGAAAUUCAAGAUGUUGCGGACCGGUACCCUGUAUAUUCCAGCCCUAAUCGUGUUCUUCUAUUGGAAUAAUUUGCUAUGGUUUUACGUUUUCUGCUUGCUAACCAUAUCUUGCUUCUUUGUGGGAUGUUUGAUCGUCACGUUCAUAAACAUUGCUCUUUCGCCGAAACACGCAACUGCAUCAACGACUUUAAAAACAGUCGCUGAACUGGAUGCCUUUCACAAUUUGUUGAUGAAUGGAUACGUAGCCAAAGCUGGAAGUACCAAGAAGCAUGUUAGAUAUCCAUUAGUCUUUACUCGCAUGGUGGACGGUGCUCUGCAGAAUUUAUUGGAUUUAAUUUUUCAAGAUUUCGUUGGUGUCUGGCUAGAGGAACUGGCUUUUAAUUCAGAACACAUAAUUGACAAUAUGAAGCAAGAUACAUGGGGAGCAAUUCAAACUCUCCACGAUCGUUUAUCAAAAGUAGACCACACAAAACUGGUAGUUUGUAGUAUAGUAAAUAAAAUUACAUUUCACUUUGAGAAGAUUAGGCUUGCUCAAACUGCUUCAACACAAGGUGAAGAUCCAGUAUUUAUUUUAUCUACACACUUAAUGUCACCUGCAGCAGAAUUAGACUAUUUGAAGAAAGUUAGCGAAUUAUAUAUCUUGUUUUUGUUACCGCCCUGUUAUUCCCUUGCACCAAUGAAAUAUUUAUUGAGAGAAAUUCUCGCAUGUAAAAUACUAAAACCUGCAAUAGACUUAAUAACAAAUCCGGACUAUAUUAAUCAAAAGAUUUUAUCAUAUAUUGAUCAACAACAGCUUGCAGAAGCAAUGCAUCGAAAAACUUACGAGUAUGCUGAAUCAUUUGAGGAUUUUAUUCGUAUGAUUAAGAGCUCUAAGGAUUUAGAGGUUUUGAAACAUAUCAGAUACAACAUUGUUACUGAAAUCAUGCAGGCUACAACAAUACAAAAUAUUAAAAGAGCACAAGGCUUAGAUCCAGAUACCAAUGUAUUUGGAAAGUCUGAUGCUCUUCAAGCUCGAAAAUUGAAGAGAUACAUUAGUCAACUAACAUAUGCUAAAAAUACAUGUGAAUGUCACAUGCAAUCGUUAGGAUGGAACGGAUAUCCUGUUCAGACUAAUGAUGUUACCGAUGCAGCAAUGGUUGCAGAAGAAAACAUUUUGCCGUUACAAUAUAUUUUGGACAAUGUGAUAGGCAGACGAUACCUUUCACAAUUUCUUGAACAAGUUGCCAGCCAGGAUUUGAUUGGGUAUUGGGCAGCUGUACAAGAGUUACGCAAUGCAGAUAAAUCUAAUUGGCAUCAAUUGGGGGCUGAAAUCUUUUAUACUUACAUAACGUCUUCAACUGCUGAAAUAAAAGUUGAUAGAGCUAUUCGUAAAAAAAUGGAAAGUUUCUUGUUAGGUGAUAUAGGACCUAACGUAUUUUAUGAAGUUCAAGACAGUGUUGUUAAAACUUUGGAAGAGAAGUAUUAUCCUUCGUUUGUCGUUAGCGAUCAGUACAAAAGUAUGCAAGAAGCAUUGCUUAAUGAGAGAAUAGAUGACUUAGUGGAAGAUCGACGUAUGGGGAAUGGAACAUUAUCGGAAAAUAUGUCUUUGCUUGUUGGAGAACAUUCAAAUUAUGCCCGCAGUAAAUUGGACCAAUUACAGGAAAAGUUAAAUAACAAAAUGCAAGCCUUACAAGCACUAAAGUCCUCGUUGAAACCAGAGAGCAAAGUUUUAAAUUUUUUGGCCAAAGAAGUUGAAUGGUUGCAGAGUGAGAAAAAACAACUGGAAGCACAUUUAACUCAUACGGAAAUGUGGGCAGAACACUUAGGUCAUUGGAAAGCAGAAGUACAAAGUGCAGAAAUACCAGACAAUGGAGAGUCCCCACAAUUUGUUUUGGUUGUCCACAUGACAGAAGAUGAAGAUAAUAGUGAAAGUAUAUACAGUGGAUGGGUUGUACUAAGAAAAUUACAAGAUUUUCAAGAUCUUCAUAGAAAGCUUCGUCAAUUGUGCUCCAACGUGAAAAAUUUAGAUUUACCUUCGCAACCUUUAAAAUUUUUUGGAAAAUCUGAUAAAAAUACGUUGGAUAAAGCUAAAAUGCAAAUACAAAAAUAUUUAAAUUUUGUUUUAGAAGAUGAAAAAUUGAAUCAAAGCGAGGCUUUAUAUACAUUCCUCAGUCCGAGUUCGGAACAUUUGAAAUAUGCUCCUCCUUCUCCUAAAAAAUCUCGAUUUUCUUUGUCAACAUUAUUUAAAACAUCUAACAACAGCAGCGAAGUUCGCGAUAAAGAAGAGGAAGAGGAUUAUUCAUUGCUAUUAGAUGAUACUGAUAGUGGUCGAACAACCACAGAUGGAAUCUUGAAUGUUAAUAAAGAUGCAAUAGCCGAACCUCUUUAUACUCUUUUAGGUGAAAUUUUCGAUCUGCGGGGAGUAUUUCGUUGGCUUCGACGAUCGUUAAUAACCUUCGUUCAAAUUACCUAUGGUCGAACUAUAAACAGGCAAAUCAGAGAUACUAUUGCAUGGGUGUUCUCCGAACCAAUGCUUCAUUAUUACAUACAAUUGUUUACGAAAUCAUGGUGGCCAAACGGUCAUUUAGUUUUUGAGACGAUUUCUCGCACAGAUGAAGAAAAGCUAAAAACAAGAGGUGAAGCACGAAGGCAAUUCUUAAAUAAUAUUCCUGAUGUUUUAACAAAUUUGGUAGGAGCACAAAGUGCUCAACGUGGUGCAAUAAAAAUCUUCGAUUCCUUACAAAAUGUGAAUUUAAAUAAACAAUUAUUUUAUGAUAUCUUUGAAGUUGUGAUGUAUGAAAUAUUUCCAGAAUUUAAACGAAUACAAUAAACUGUACUUACAGUAAGAAUUUUUUCAAUAUUUUAUAUCAUAAAGAUUAUUUUAUUUAAUUAAUAUUUUAUGAUAUAAACAGAAAUUAUAUAUGAUUUAUUUAUGUCGAAUGUUUUUUAUUUAUGUCAUGUGAUACAUGUAAGUAUGUCAAUAAAGUAUUAAAAAUCUUAGUAA